GGUAGGAAGUGCUGCUGGGGAGGACAGUCCCCACAGAUGGAGUCACUGUGCUCCUCAGAGGCACGAGCACAUGAGACUGGCCACCGGAGCUGACUCCCAGGGACCGGACUCUGGGUCUACAUCACAAAUCCGGACUCUGACAGAACCAGAAACUCCUGAAACAGCGGGUAUGGACAUAUGACACGCAGGAUUCCUGUCUGCGCACGCGCGCCAGCGUGUCUCCUCCCUCUACCUGAGAGGAGCGCACCUGGAUCCAACGAGACGGAAGUCGUCUGAGUCAGAUCUUUUUUGUCUCCUUGAAAAGUGAGCUCGGAGUUCGAGGAGCGAACCGAGGGUCUUAAAAGCAGACAGGAUGCUCUUCUUUGAGCCGUGUGGCAGCAAUUUACAGGACUUUUCGAUCUUCAGAGUGAAAUUCAGCUCCUCAUGCUGAACCUGAGUCCAAAGGCAGCCUCCUCCCUGUUCAGUAAGAAUGGCAGCUCUCCGCAGAGUCCUCCGCAGGCGGGCGACCAUAAAGACUCUCAAACUGCUCAUCGUGGCCCUCUUCUUUGUCACAUUUGUGUUCCUCAUACAAUGGGAAGUGGGGAGCCAAACCCAACAGGAGGACCCGUGGUUGAAGGAGAUGGCGGUGAAGCGGGAUGCCAUGCUGGGCAUGGUGAUGGGAGCUGUCAAUAACUUCAGGGAUGCCAUACCAAAGAUGCAGAUCAAAGCCCCCGUGCGUCAGCAGGACAAAGGGGGCAGCGGGCCCUGUCUGCCGGGCCACUACACCGCGGCUGAGCUCAGGCUGGCUCUGGAGCGGCCGCCUCAGAACCCUCUGGCUCCCGGAGCAGCUGGGAAGCCUUUCUACACGGACUCACUGAGCCCUGAAGAGCAGAAGGAGAAGGAGAGGGGUGAAGAGAAGCACUGUUUUAACCUGUACGCCAGUGACCGGAUCUCUUUGAGCAGGGACCUGGGAGCAGACACUCGUCCACCAGAAUGCAUUGAGAAAACUUUCAAGCGAUGCCCCCCCUUGCCGACCACCAGCGUGAUAAUCGUGUUUCACAAUGAGGCGUGGAGCACUCUGCUGAGGACGGUAUACAGUGUCCUGCACACCUCCCCGGCUAUUCUCCUCAAGGAAAUCAUUCUGGUGGACGACGCCAGCGUGGAUGAUGCUUUAAAGGACAAUCUGGACGAGUAUCUGAAACAGCUGCACAUUGUCCGAGUCGUCCGCCAGAGAGAGAGAAAAGGACUCAUCACUGCUCGCCUGCUGGGUGCCUCCGUGGCCACCGGUGACACCCUCACCUUCCUCGACGCUCACUGUGAAUGCUUUCAGGGAUGGCUGGAGCCUUUGCUGGCUAGGAUAGCGGAGAACUACACGGCUGUAGUGAGCCCUGAUAUAACCACGAUUGAUCUCAAUACUUUUGAGUUCUCAAAGCCGUCGCCAUACGGCCAGAACCACAACCGGGGAAACUUCGACUGGGGGCUUUCUUUUGGCUGGGAGGUUCUGCCAGAUCAUGAGAAACGGAGGCGGAAGGAUGAAACAUAUCCCAUCAAGACUCCUGCAUUUGCUGGUGGGCUCUUCUCCAUCUCCAAAGAGUAUUUCUACCAUAUUGGAAGCUAUGAUGAACAAAUGGAGAUCUGGGGUGGUGAGAACAUUGAAAUGUCCUUCAGGGUGUGGCAGUGCGGCGGACAGCUGGAGAUCCUCCCUUGCUCCAUAGUGGGUCAUGUGUUCCGCACCAAGAGCCCUCACAGCUUUCCUAAGGGGACGCAGGUGAUCGCUCGUAACCAGGUCCGACUGGCCGAGGUCUGGAUGGACGACUACAAAGAGAUCUUUUACCGACGGAACCAGCAGGCUGCACACAUGGCUAGAGAAAAAGCCUUUGGAAACAUCUCCAAACGAAUGGAGCUCCGUGAACGUCUGCAGUGUAAGAGCUUCUCCUGGUAUCUGAAAAACGUUUAUCCAGAAAUCUUCAUGCCUGAUCUCAACCCACUCCGCUUUGGCUCAGUAAAAAAUGUGGGCAGAGACUCAUGUCUGGAUGCUGGAGAGAACAAUGAAGGCGGGAAACAGCUGAUCAUGUACCCAUGUCAUGGACUCGGAGGAAACCAGUAUUUUGAGUACUCCACACAUCACGAGAUUAGACACAACAUUCAGAAGGAGCUGUGUUUGCACGGGGUGGAGGGGGCUGUGAAGCUGGAGAGCUGCCAGUAUAAAGGCGGGAGCACAUUUGUAGGAGCUGAGCAAAAAUGGGACCUGAAGGAUAACAAGCUGCUCUAUUUGCCAGGACGGCACAUGUGUCUGAGCGCCCGUCAUGAAUCUCCCACUUUGACCCUCUGCAACCCCACAGACAGAUACCAGCACUGGGUCUUUGUCUAAGUGUGCAUAGUACCACUUUAUAAAAUCCUAGGACAGGACUGUACCAGCUGUAUGCAGUAAACAUGCAGUAUUUUUUAGAUGAGUUUAAUUUAUUUUUAUAAAUUGAAGAACUGACCUGCUGCUGUCGGGAUGUUUGGACUUUGGGUUAACCCUGAGUGUGAUCUACUGGAAGGACACAUUGAAUCACGGCUCCAGGGCAGAUGUGAGCGGAGAAUCUUGGAGCAGUGAAGAUGCACUGUGUGACAAGCUCCACAUUGUGCUGAGAUGUUUCUACCAUCCCAAGUCAUAUCAACCAACAUGUGCCGUAUGUAUGCAUACAGUGCAAACACUGAAUAACAUAGGAACCCAAUAUCAUGAUGAGAUUUUCCGAAUUCCCAAAUACUGAAAUAUCUGACACCAAAGAGACAUGAACAGAUAAGUAUGAUGUCUUAAAAUACUUUUAUGAUGUACUGUCAUCCAGUGCCUUAGAUUUGAUUUCAUCCUAGGUGUAUGCGGCGGUGGAGGGUUGGGUAAUGGUAGGAUGCAGAAAACAAGAAAAGAUAGGUUAAUGUUACAAAAAAAGGUGGGAUUUUGUGGAAAAAUAAGAUUAAAACAAAUAUGAUUAUUUGCAAAACAUUGGGACACCAUAUUUAAUUGAAAAUAAAGACAAAAUCUGAAAUGAUGAAGCUGAGGAUGUUAACCUUGCAAAGCUGAUGGAUGGCCAGAGUCCAUGUCUGUCAUCAGGUGGAUCAUCUUGCAAAGCUUCAAGCUGAAGCACUUGUUCUUGGUCAGAGAAUAGCCAAACCAAUCAGUGGCAUUUGAGGAGAAAGAUGUGGUAGCGAAGGCAUGUUUUAGUUGUCUGGACUGCAAGCCUGUAAACAGUGGUUGCCAGUGAAGAGACCAGCAUGGAUGUAGCUAUAGCGGCAGUUGAAUCACAACUGGACUGUAUUAUUUUAUUAAAAGAAGCGCACUGAAAGCUUUUCUUAGUGGAGAAGAUGCUCCUCUCCUGACUGGCUUCAGCAUGAGUUUGAUUCAACAACUGGCUGCACUGAAAGUGAACGAGAACUGCUGAGCUAUUGUAUAGUUUAUUCCAUAGGAUGGCACGCACCUACUACAUCAUAUGUUUUGUUGCUCUGAUUUCCCCUUCCCAAACACUGUCUAUAGCAGGGGUGUCCAAACUUUCUCUGCUGAGGCCCAUAUACAGAACAAUGAAGGGCUAGCGGUGCCACCUUCCCCUGAUGAAAUUAAAGUUAAAACCCCAAUAUAAUGUAGCUUAAGACAUGCUAAGUGAUUGGGUAUGCUUAAAUGGCUGAUAAGGCAAAUAACCAAUCAUAUUAGGGGUUUUGGGAGGCCAGUCAAAUUUUGGCUGGCCCUGGCUACCACAGGCUCCUCCCCUGUGAUGCUAUUAGUACCAAUAUUUGCUACCCUAAUCUAUCAGGGCUUUAGAAAUUAAGAUACUUUGGUUGCCAAUAUGUUUACCAUGUACAGCAUGGUUGUCCAAACUAUGGCCUUGGGGCCAAAUGUGGCACACAUUCCAAAUUAAAAAUGACAGCUCUCUGUUUUUCAUGUUGGUUACACCUCUAAUUAUAAAUGCAGUAUCCAAAGGCAAAACCAAAAUCUGAAACUAGGCGUGGACAUUCAGUGCUAUUUAUUGUUUGAAUAAUCAAUGUCUUUGGACACACCCGGGCAACAAAACACACCUGUCAGCCUCAUGUUCUAAUACUUUUGCUCACAUGAAAAAUGGGUGGGUUCAAACAAAUAAUGAUAGCUUCAAAGUUGUGGAUCACAUCCAGACAUAAAUACCUGUAAAUAAAAGCUGAAUGUUGAUCUAUUGUCUCAUAUUCAUCUUUUGAUGUCAAACCCAAAUGUUUUUAGUCUACAGCAAAAAUAAAGAAAUUGGGCCCACUGUUAAAAUACUUUUGGAGGGGACUGUGUAUUUUUAUUUGUGGCCUUCAGUGGAAAAAUCUGGACACCCCUGAUUAAAGUGUUGUCUUGAUUUAGUCGUGAAAAAAACACAUCAAUUCAACUUUUCAAAAUGUUUGUUUACAGACUUAGCGUGGUAGCACUGCCUUGUUCUGAAACUAAGUAUAAUGCAGCCAAGCACAAGGUUCAUGUUCUUAAAUGGGUCAUAUUUUAUUUUAUUUUAAGUAUUUGCUGCAGGCCAAUCAAAGGUGUCGUUUGGACAUCCUGGUGUAUGAAAUGAAAUGUAUUACAUGUCAUGGACGUAUGAAACGGUCUAUCUGGUGUUAGGUUGGAAAACUGCUCUUGAUUUUGAGAAACUAUGUGCCUGUUUCUAAUUUUGAAUUCAAACAAGUUUCAAAAAGUUGAGAAAUAGUAAUAUUUCCUACAAUAGACUGUUUGCAAUGUUGUGUUGAAAGCAUUGUCACAGUAUUGCACUGUUUUCCAGCACAGUUUUCGCAGUGCCAAACCCCUGCUCAGACUUUUCUAGGAUGUUAUGACCCCGAUCAUGUGACUAACCAUUAGUUAAAAUCAUGAACUGUGAGAUGUUUCAUCAGAUGUUUUUAUUACGCUUUUCAAAAAUUCUCUGGUCUUUUGUUGCCAAUAUCCCAAUUUCUGUGAAACGUAAUGACAGCACCAAAUUCAAAUUGAUUCAUUGAUUAUAUCAGAAUAGGUCUACACAUAAGGGUUCUUACUAAAAGAGCUUUGUAUAAACUACACAAACACCUCAAAGCAGACGGGGCCUAGGGGGUCCUAGACUCCAGCUUGGGAACUAAUGGUUUAUAAGCAUACUCAUACAUACAUGGCAGCAGUGUUAUUUUCGUUGACUAAAACUAUGACUAAAAAUGUUCAUCGACAGCCUUUUUUUUCCAUGACGAAAGCUAGAC